UUAUAAAAAAGAAUGCAGCUCUAGGAAUAUCUUGUGUCACUCAAAGGCGAUCUGUCGCCUGGAUUUAGUGACAGAAACAUUUUACUGCCAGUGUCUGCCAGGGUACAAUGGGGACGGAAUACACUUCUGUCAAGAGCCCACAGCAAGCAUCGCUGUUGAUAGUCAAGAGGAUUGUGAUGGGGUAGGACAACAGGUGUGUCUCCUAAAAAGGGCGGUGGGUGGCAAUGCCACUUUUACCGUGUCGAUCUCCGGGGACUUCCAGUAUUCUCAGAUCACAUGGUACAAGUUUUACGCCUCACAAGGGCACACGUUUCACAGCUAUCGACAAAGACUAACCCUGUCAGGAGGUUUACCAACAACUAGCCACAUAUUGAGAAACGGUCUGGCUAUGACGCUCGGAAAGAUUAAAGAAGACGAUUUCUUCCCAAACAAGUUCUGGGUUCAACUGGAGGCAAGCGAGCCAUCGGAGAGCAAGCAGGAGGUUGAGCCCUAUGACUUCACCCACUUUGAGAUGCUCAACCCAACCAGACUCCGAUAUUACUUUGUGCUGGACAGUGAACCCAUAGAUGUGGGUAAAUUCUUAUUAGGGGAAAUGAGCGUGAUUCAGUUGAAUCCGUAUUACACUGACGUAUCUGAGACUGGCUUCGUGAAAUGGGUCAAGGAACCAGACAACCUCACUCUCAUCCAGACCACAUCAACUGUUUUGGCCAACAGAACUAGUGCGAUUGAAAUUGAUGGGCUAUUGAAUGAAGAUUUUGGCAACAUUCGGGCAAUUGUUUACGAUUUCCUCCCAGGCAUCCCAGGGAAGGUGAUGAUUGCCCAGAGAUUGUUUAAUUUAAGGAAGGAUAUCAGUAAAGUUUGCAAAGGGUCUCAAAAUGCUAAAAACUGUGUGUGCAACACUGGGUUUAAGGGCAACGGCAUUCAUUGUAUAGAUCAGGAUGAAUGUAUAGAAGGAAUGCCCCUGCACUGUCUCCCUGAUGCUAAAUGUAUUAAUACAUAUGGCUCAUACGUCUGCCAGUGUCCCAAUGGAUAUGAGGGAGAUGGCUUGUACUCAUGCAUGGACAUUGAUGAGUGCAUGAGAGACCUGCACCAGUGUAGCCCGAGGGCAGCCUGUAUAAACACCCUGGGAUCCUAUGUCUGCACCUGUCAGUUUGGGUUCUUUCAGGAAGGAAAUGAAUGUAGAGCCACAAGUAUCUGGACUCCCUGGAGCCCCUGGUCACUUUGCUCAGUUACCUGUGGCUCUCAGAACCAGAUGCGCAUUCGGAUUUGCACCAACCCAGAGAGCGGCAUGAGGUGCGAGGGACCUACAUCUGAUCUGAAACCCUGCUCCAGCCUCCGGGCUUGCCCAGUGGACGGCCUGUGGUCAGAGUGGUCCCCCUGGUCAACCUGCACUGUCAGCUGCUCUGGAAUCAAGAGAAGAAUCCGAGUCUGCAACAACCCUGCCCCUUCCUCUGGGGGGCAGUCCUGUUUGGGGUCUCCAGAGGAAAUAGCCCCGUGCAACAACGAUAACUGCCCUGUUAAUGGAAUGUGGUCACCCUGGGCUCCCUGGACUCUGUGCCCUCUGACCUGUGGCCUGGGAGUGGUCAGCCGGUCCCGACAUUGUAACAAUCCACCCCCAGUGAGCGGUGGGACCCCCUGCCCUGGACACGGGUACGAGGAGGGCUCUUGUGGAUUUCCGAUGGACUAUUGCAAGUAUGUACCAAAACCUCCUGAAUCUAUAAUGCCUGGGAGACUGAUUCAGUAACAUCAGGAGGACGGAGCACUGAUUCAGACCUGGGCAAAUGAGAAGGAAGGAGUGGCAAAGCAAUACUGAGCUUUACUAAUGCUCUUGACAUUAGAACGCAUCUGGAAAUAAUGGAACAAUGACACCCGUGUGAUUCUCACGUCCUUGUUUCUGAGAUUAUAUAAAGAACCUUCACGAGGGGAGCAACGAGACUGUUCUUGUCAGCGAAUGCAUGGCCUGCUGUUUGAACAAUGGUCUCAUGAGCUUUCAUAUCAGUUUCACUCAAAUAUCUGUGGACAUGAGCUUAACACUACUGCACCUCUAAGACUCCAGAGGACUUAUAUGUUUGCAGAAAAUGUGUUAAUAGUGUAUUAAAUGCAGUAUUGCUUAACCAAAGGCAGUUUCAAAAGUAGAUGUUCCGCAUUCAGCGUGAGAUGUGGGAGGAGGUAUAUUUUUGCUAAGCUGCCUUUCUUAACUCGUAUCUUCAAGCUGUGAUAGAUAUAUCGGUCCUUGGCUCAAGUUUGUAAAUAAAUGUAAACGUUUUGACCACACUAGCUUAUGUGUUAAAUGAUCUCUCAGUGCUUGUUGCUCUGCUAUAAUCAGCAAAGGAAGGUUGUUGAUUAUAUUAAUAAGUAACUCACAGACAUAGAGACAGGGGCAGACAGGGCCAUUGCACAUUUUGCAGCUGCAGUACCAGUAUCCUGUUUUCUUUUUUUUUUUUUAAGACAGCAAUUUAAGCUUCUGCAAAAUUAAGGACAGCUAAGCAAAACAGAGAGAAAGGAGAAGGGUGUACAGUGCUGAAAACAGCUAAAUUGAUUGAAAGAGAUAGGAUUCUGCUGAUAUCAUGCCUGUUACAGAUAAACUUGUGUGUUUCCUCUUCACCCUCAUGAUGUUCACUCAUCACUUUAUUUCCUACAGUUACAGGACAGCCAGUCAGUAGAGCACAGACACCGACCAAAGUACAUAAAGUGCACAAGCACUCCCUAGAAACAAUCUAGGAUUAGGUAAAACUCCAGACAAGUUCA